CAUGUAGUCACCAAUCGAUAGCUGUGACGCAGCAUAGAUUGGUUUGCCAGCUUUGCGCCAUCGUAUUGAUACCGCUGUCGCUUGGCUUAAAACGAAAUUCCAGAACAGGAUCUGUGUGACCUCACAACAUAUCAGAAAAUGAGAUAACAUUAGUUCAAUACUUCACAUGAAAAUGGCUCGGAAUAGUCGAAAACCCGAAGGGCCUCCAACUAACGUUUUCAGCUCACCCUGCAAUGCCGCUCGGCAAACAAGCUCUUACUCACAACAUAAAAUAGUUACCGGACAAAAAGGAUCAGUCUGGAACCUAGCUCUCCUGGCGCUGUUGGUCGUUGAGGGAUGCCAUCAGGUCGCAUCACUAGCCAGCCACCCGUCCAAGCAGCACUGCGCGCAUACGCGGGGGAACUGGUGCACGGCGUUCACGGCUCAAGAGCCCAUCGCCUGGCGCCCCGCCCCCCGGGGCUCCCUGGAGUGCCCGAGCGGCUGCAACAACGUGGGACGCUGCAACCACGACACCGGCCUCUGCGACUGCCCGGCGGGAUGGACAGGGGAAGGUUGCCGUACACCCUUCAAGAGGCCAUGCACGCACCGAUUUAGGACGGUAGAGGAAAACCGUACGGAACCCGUCUCGCACAUCGGGCCCGACAAACGAGAUCUGGAUUGGGCCUCCCAGCCGCAUGAGAAGGUCUACUCCAGAUGUGGAGGGAUCUGCGAUGACGACCUAGCCAUCUGCUACUGCGACGGACCCAUGGGUCGCAUCCCGCCCCCCGAGGGCUCCCCACCGGGUACCCCACCGGUGCAGCGGGGCAGGCCCCUUGUCACCUUCCAUGCAGCUCCCAAAACGACCCAAUCCGGCGCGGAGGCGUUCGGCGACAUCCCGUACGAGGACGUGUACGGCCCACGCGGCUAUUGCAACGUCAGCAAGCCGGACUGGGUGGCGGGUUGCGGCAUGGACGGGCUGGGCGGCGCGUAUUGCGAUGAGCCGCUGGAGUCGUUUUGUCCGGGCGGCUGCAGCGGGCAUGGCAGCUGCUACCUGGGCUGGUGCAACUGUGACGAGGGUUAUUACGGACACGACUGCGCGCGUCGCAAGGCGGGACUGCCGCUGCUGCCUAGCGCCAUCUCGGAAAAGCCAUGGCUCCAAGCGGUGUUGGGGGGUGAGCCGCCCGCCGCUCUGGAGCCCCCUCCGCAGCCCACUCGCAAGCGACCGCUCAUCUACGUGUACGAUUUGGAACCGCUGUACCAGAGCAAAAUCCUGCAGUACAGGGUCACUCCCCGCUGGUGCGUCCACCGCAUCCACGGCUCCCCCGGCAACCACACCGAGUGGACGGACGUGUGGGUGUAUGCGGUCGACACGCUGCUGCACGAGUCGCUGCUGGUCAGCCCGCACCGCACCUUCGACCCGGAGGAGGCUGACUUCUUCUACGUGCCGCACGCCGCCUCCUGCCUUCCCUUCCCCAUCGGCAGCUGGGCGGAUGCGCCCUGGUUCCCGGAGCCGGGGGGUCCCCGCAUCAAGCAGAUGGUCAACAUGCUCCGAGACACGCUGACCUGGAUCAACUCCACCUUCCCCUUCUGGCAGCGGCGGGGCGGGCGGGACCACAUCUGGCUGUUCACGCACGACGAGGGCGCCUGCUGGGCGCCCACCUCGCUCAACAACUCCAUUUGGCUCACGCACUGGGGCCGCAUGGGCCUGGAGCACAAGAGCAACACCGCCUUCUUCAGCGACCGCUACGACAGCGAUUUCAAGGGGCCGCAGCAGCCGGAGGGCUUCGUGCGCUACACGCGGGGACACCCCUGCUACAACCCGGACAAGGACCUGGUCAUCCCCUCCUUCAAGCGCCCCUCCCACUACUCCGCCAGCCCGCUGUCUGGAGCCAACCCCCGGGAGAGGGACAUCCUGUUCUUCUUCAGGGGUGACGUGGGGAAGCACCGCCGGAGCAUCUACAGCCGGGGAAUUCGACAAAAGAUCUACACCAUGGCACGAGUGGGCGGCUGGGCGGCCAAGCACCGCUUCUUCAUCGGCGACGGAGAGAACGUGCCCGGGGACUACAGUGAGCUGCUAGCACGGUCCAAAUUCUGUCUAGUGGCGCCAGGUGACGGCUGGUCCGCACGCAUGGAAGAUGCCGUACUGCACGGCUGCAUCCCCGUCAUCAUCAUGGAUGAGGUGCAUGCGGUGUUUGAAUCCAUACUGCGCACAGAGGACUUUGCCGUGCGGAUACGGCAGCAGCAGGUCCCGGAGCUGCUCUACCUGCUGACUGCGCUGCCCGACAAGACGGUGCGCAGCAUGCAGGCGAGGCUGGGCCGCGUGUGGCAGCGCUUCAGGUACGCAUCCCUGCCCGGCCUGGUUUCGGAGCUAAGGGACGCACAGGAGCAGGGCGAGUACAAGCGGAGGAUGGCUGAGGAAGAGGCGGCUGCUGCAGCGGCGGCAGCAGCAGCGGCAGCAGCAGCUGGGAAUAGUAGCAGUAGCAGUAGCAGCGACGGUGGGAGCGAGGGCGGCGGGAGCAGCGGGAGCACGAGGAGGAGAGGCCGGAGGGUGGCGGAGGCGGCUGCUGCAGCACAGGUGGUGGAGGUGGGCGAGGGGCGGGAUGCACCUCACGGCCUGCCGCGGACAUUCGUUGGGGACCCGGCGGAGGAUGAUGCGUUCGCCACCAUCAUGCAAUGGCUGUACUCGCGGAUUCCCUACACCCGGUGAAUGGUGAACUCGGGAUAGCUCCUUGUCCUGGUCCUUAUUUCGGCGAAGCUUGUUUGGGCCGUGCUUGGCAAAGAUCACCUAAAUAGGAUUGACGUGAUAAGGGUGCAAUGCAAUGUCCAGCGUGGUCCAGAAGGAUUGCUUGGCGCCUUGCCUUGGACUGCGAGGUGAUACUGACGGGAUGUGAUUGGGAAUUGGAGGCCAACGCUGCUUUUGGAAUAGUAGUGUGCAUGGUGUGUACGGUAUGUGUGUUUGCUGCCAAACACGUGCAACUUGAUUACUUGAGGCAGGAGAUGUGAACCUGUACAUGGCGAUACUCGGCGUGCGUGCGAUUACUUUGAGACAUGCUACCGGUACCGGUAGGAGAGAUGCAUGGAGGGGACUGCGGAGUUCGCUAACUGCUGAUGCUGGUUUAGAUUGCGAAGGUUAGAAGGGGGACCUCAUCCGGUAGCUCAAGGUUGCCACGACAGUUGCUCGUCGGCCCGUGCGACCUAUGCGAUCUGACAGCUUGGGUUAAAUUGUCACCGAUUGCUACUAUCCAGUGAACUUUACCUUGGUGCGCUGGGAUUUGCGCAAAUCGGUGGGUGCGGAGGGAGAUUCUAAAAGGGAAGGCUACCCGCCCUUCUCUCCGGCAUUCUGCCCUGAGGUACUGUACGUUUCCGGCCUGAUGUGUAACAGGCGAGCCGUUUGGGGUGAUUAGGCACCUCUGGACGACACUGCCUUUAAGGGUGGCAUGCUGGCAAACAUGCAUUGUUGGAAACACAAGCACUGAACCACGGAAACCCUUAUUGUUGUAUCGCUUUUCCAUGCU